AUGCACCUCCUAAGAGAAAAGCCAGCGCUCUUGCACCCUCUUCUUCUCCCUCAAUACACUAUUUUUUUUUGCCCGUUUGUGAAUUGGCUUUUGUUUUUAUGUGUUAUUGUGCGCGGCUUUUGCAUUUUUGGGCGUGUGCCAAAACUCCUGUUAAAAAAAGGAGCAAAUACGAGUUGGUGGAAAGAGAGAAAUAAAUUGAGAGAGAUUGCACAACUUUCCUUCCACCUUACAUGCCAAAGUAACUGGAUAACAGUAAAGACUGCCAUUGGACGAUUUAGAGCCACAACGAAGACGCUACAGUCAUGUCCCAUCGUGUGCAUCAAUGAGCCGGACACGCACAGUGCCAGCGCGGAGAUACUGCAGACGAGUGCGGAGAGCACGCUAGAGAAGCCCCAGAAGCCGUCGGCGCUAGCAGAAGGAGCCGCCGGCACGUCGGUGACCAGCCUAAACGGCAAUUGCAUCGCCAUCAAUGGUGGAGUGAGCGUUGGAGAGGCGGCGGCGUCCCCCGGAACAGCAACUCUGACUGCAACUGGAACUGGUACGGCGACCACCAGCAGCAGUGCGGCUGGAGUGACCAAGAUAAAGAUAGUAACCAGCGAUAACCCGAGAGAAGGCAGCACGGACAUCACCAGCGGCAACACAGCGAAGGCAGCGAACACAAUCACCGCAGGCGGCGGCUACAAGAACAGCAGCUUGGUGUCCAUCACCAGCCUAAACAGCUGCAGUGACCUCAGUCGGGGCAGUACCGCCACCUUGCCCAUUAGCAGCGUUAUCAGCGGCAGCAACAGCGUCGGCAGCCACCCUCUCAGCGGCAGCAACAACCACAGCAACAACAACAGCAGCAACAACAACAACCACAGUGGCAGCGACACCUCGUCCAACAAUUUCCAGGAGCGAUUCGACUUCGAGCACUGGAAGGGCUUACUCAGCGAGUACAACUGCUUCCACGGGCUCUAUCGCUACUGGAAUCAGUACGGCGGACGCAGCGAUACCAACCGCGACAGCGGCAACAGCAACAGCAGCAACGGCAACGGCAGUCAGCAGCAACAGCAGCAGCAGCAGCAGUCGCAGUCUCACCAUGAGAACGGCCUGGGCAGCGGAGCCGGUUCCUUCUACACCCAUAACAUUCUAGGCUACACCUUCGGCUAUCCGUUUGGCCUGAAGGAGGACCUCGACGGCGGCAGCAACUGCAACAGCGGCGGCAACUGCAACGGCAACGGCAACGGCAACAGCCACGGUCUCGGGAUCAGGAAGUGGCUUUCAGGCAGCACCAGCAGCAACGAGACGCCGCUCCAGAAGCACUACAGGCACCAGCAGAAGAAGAAGAUGCCCGUGUUCAGGGGCAGGAGAGCCUGGUGCGGCUGCUUUAAGGACGAUGAGCCGCCCGAGAUUUGCGUGGUCGAGGGGGCGUUCACCCUGCAGACGCUCACGCCGACGCAGCCCAUGCCGUCGGUGGACGAGCUGGACACAAAGUUCGCCGAGCUGGUGGAGGAGCUCGAUCUGACGGCGCCCAACAAGGAGGCGAUGCUCAGCCUGCCGGCGCAGAAGAAAUGGCAGAUAUACUGCUCGCGCAAGCUGCCCCUGGACGCUGGCGACGGUCCUGAUGCGGCGGCCAUCACCCAACCACCCACCGCGGAGCACUACAUCGAGCGGCUGAAGGAGCUGGUGGUGCACAUAUCCCUCUCGCCGGAGGACUCGCCCAGCCACGAGCUGGGCAACCGCCUGGACGGCCACGCCGCCUUCGUGGACGCCCUCAAGACGGCCCUGCGCACCUCCACGCACAGCUUCGUGCUCCGCUUCGUGGAGCUGGACGGGCUGCCGGCCCUGCUCGACCUGCUGCUGCAGCUGGACAUCCGGGUGGCCAACAGUCCGCUGCACACCAGCCUCAUCGGCUGCAUCAAGGCGCUGAUGAACAACUCGAUGGGACGGGCCCAUGUGCUGGCCCAUCCCACGGCCAUAGACACCAUAGCCAGGUCCCUGGUGGCGGACAACAUCCGCACCAAGAUCGCCGCCCUGGAGAUCCUCGGCGCUGUGUGCCUGGUGCCCGGCGGCCAUCGCAAGGUGCUGCAGGCCAUGCUCUACUUCCAGGAGUUCGCCACGGAGCGAACCCGUUUCCAGAGCAUCGUCAACGACCUGGACCGCUCGACGUACGCGUACAGGGACAACGUCAAUCUGAAGACCGCGCUCAUGUCCUUCGUCAACGCGGUGCUCAAUUACGGACCUGGCCAGGAGAACCUCGAGUUCCGGCUGCACUUGCGGUACGAGUUUCUCAUGCUGGGCAUCCAGCCCGUGAUCGACAAGCUGCGGACGCACGAGAACGAGACGCUCGACAGGCAUCUGGAUUUCUUUGAGAUGGUGCGCGCCGAGGACGAGAAGGAGUUCGCGCGCCGCUUCAACGAGGAGCACGUGGACACCAAAAGUGCCGGCUCCAUGUUCGAGCUGCUGCGCCGCAAGCUCAGCCACUCGCCCGCCUAUCCGCACAUGCUCUCCCUGCUGCAGCACAUGCUCCUCCUGCCCUAUACGGGCCACUGUACGGAGCACUGGCUGCUAAUCGACCGCGUGGUGCAGCAGAUCGUGCUGCAGGUGGAGCAGCGGCCAAGCAGCGAUCUCAUCCCCGAUCCGGAUGACCCAGAGAAGCAGCUGAAGCUGGCCGUCGACUCGCCGGUCCACGAUCCCGACGUGGCGCCGCUGCAGAUCAACGUGGCCAAGCUGGUGCGUCUGCUGGUCAAGGAGGAGCAGCUGACGCAGGCGCGCAAGCGGGCGGACGAACUGGAGCGCGAGAACUUCGACGUGCAGUCGCGGCUGGCCAAGAAGGAGCAGGAGCUCGACCUGCGCAUGCAGGAGAAGGAGGACCUGGAAACGGGAUUGACGCGCAUGCGCGAGCGUCUGGAGAAGGAGUCCGCGCAGCACUCACAGGCGGUGCAGCGGGCGCAGACCGCCGAGAUGCGGGCGGAGGACCUGCAGCACCGCCUGCUCAGCGAGCAGCAGGAGCGGGCUCGCCUCGAGCGGCUGGUCACCGAGGGCAGCAUACCCGACGACCAAAAGGUGGCCGGACUGACUGGCUGCAAUGGAGCCGUAUCCCCCCCGCCGGCGCCACCCAUGCUGAAGGCAAUCCCGCCGCCGCCGCCGCCCAUGGCGCCAUCCAUGUUGCCCCCACCGCCACCUCCCUGCCCGGGAGCCCCUCCCCCGCCGCCGAGCAUGGCACAAACUAUGGCUCCUGCGCCACCGAAAGUGGAACUGCCAAAGAAGAACGUGCCACAGCCGACGAAUCCGCUGAAGAGCUUCAACUGGUCGAAGCUGCCGGACGCCAAGCUCCAGGGCACCGUGUGGAGCGAGCUGGACGAAAGCAAGCUGUACAACAACAUGGAGCUGGAGUCGAUAGACAAGCUGUUCUCGGCGUACCAAAAGAACGGAGUUUCGACCACCGAUGGAUCCUACGAGGACUUACGGGUGACUGGCAAGGCGGCCAAGCAGAAGGUGUUGUCGGUGAUCGACGGACGCAGGGCGCAGAACUGCACGAUCCUGCUAAGCAAGCUGAAGAUGAGCGACAUGGAGAUAUCAAAGGCCAUUCUCUCCAUGGACAGCAAUGAGCAACUGCAACUGGACAUGGUGGAGCAGCUGCUUAAGUUCACGCCCUCGGCGGAGGAGCGGGCGCUGCUGGACGAGCACAGCGAGGACAUUGAAUCCCUGGCACGGGCCGAUCGCUUCCUCUACGAAAUAUCAAAAAUCCCCCCACUAUGAGCAGCGGCUGAAGAGUCUGCACUACAAGAAGCGUUUCAUGCUGACGAUCAACGACCUGAUCCCCCGCAUCACCAGUGUGAUGGAGGCAUCUCGCGAGGUGGCUCGCUCUCGCC